AUGACUCCAGACGAUCUAAAUUCCGCCAUAGUUACGUUUAUGGCCAAUUUGAAUAUUGAUGAUUCUAAAGCAAAUGAAACCGCUGCCGUAGUAACGGAAUCCAUAGUUGACAGAUCAAUUAAACUGUUGGAGGUCGUUGUUGCGCUGAAGGAUUAUUUUCUUUCAGAAAAUGAAGUAGAAAGAAAGAAAGCAUUGACCUGUUUAUCCACUAUCCUAGGUAAGACGCCUAAAGAUCACCUAUCCAAAAACGAAUGUUCUGUAAUUUUUCAGUUUUAUCAAUCUAAACUUGACGAUCAAGCGCUUGUAAAGGAAGUUCUAGAAGGGUUCGCCGCAUUGGCCCCAAUGAAAUUUGUCUCCGUUAACGAGAUAAUCCAACUUCUGAGGUUAUUGCUGGACAACUAUCAACAGGGCCAGCAUUUAGCACCAACCAGACUAAUACCCUUUGAAAUUUUGGAAAACAUAUUUGAUAGAUUUUUCGUUAACGUAUCGUCGAUGGAACAGGUUAAACGGAUCAACGAUAUAUUUAUUGAAACGUUUCUUCAUAUUGCUAAUGGUGAGAAAGAUCCAAGAAAUUUAUUGUUGUCUUUUACGCUGAAUCAGUCUAUCACUACAAAUUUACAAAACGUGAGAAAUUUCAAAGAAGAUUUAUUCGAUGUUUUGUUUUGCUACUUCCCAAUCACGUUCAAACCACCAAAGCACGAUCCUUAUAAGAUCUCCAAUCAGGAUCUGAAAACUGCUUUAAGAUCAGCAAUUACUGCAACUCCAUUAUUUGCCGAGGACGCCUACAGCAAUCUCCUGGACAAGCUCACAGCUUCUUCACCAGUAGUGAAAAAUGAUACACUCCUAACACUAUUAGAAUGCGUUAGGAAGUUUGGCGGCUCCUCUAUUCUGGGAAACUGGAAGCUACUUUGGAACGCUCUGAAAUUUGAAAUCAUGCAAAACAGCGAACUAAACGAAAACGCUUUACUGAAUCCAUAUAGUAAAGAUCAAUCCAGUGAUGGUAUGGUCCAAUAUACCAACUACGAGGCGUCUUUAAAAAUUGUUAACUUAAUGGGAUUAGAAUUAUAUAAUUUUGACAAAGUUUCAUUUCAAAAGUUCUUCACUCACGUUCUAGACGAGUUGAAACCAAACUUCAAAUAUGAAAAGAAUUUAAAGCAGACCUGUCAGAUUUUAUCUGCCAUUGGUAGUGGAAACCUGGAAAUAUUUAACCAGGUCAUUUCGUCUACUUUCCCCUUAUUUUUGGCCAAUACAUCUGAAGUUGCAAAGUUGAAGCUGCUGAUCAUGAAUUUGUCAUUCUUUUUUGAUGCAUACAUUGAUCUGUUUGGCAGAGUAACCGAAGCGUCUCUUGAAAGGCCGGUACCACAUAAUAAACUGGCCGAAUACAAGGACGAGAUAAUAAUGAUUUUGAGCAUGGCCUUGACUAGCAGCUCCAAGUCGGAGGUUACGGUCAGGACGCUAUCCGUCAUUCAAUUCACAAAAAUGAUCAAGAUGAAAGACUUUUUAACCCCAGAAGAAGUUUCACUAGUUAUUCAAUACUUUACGGAGACAAUAUUAACAGAUGACAACAAGAACAUAUAUUACGCUUGUUUGGAAGGCCUGAAGACGAUCAGCGAGGUAUACGAAAAUUUAGUUUUUGAAAUCUCAUUGAAAAGAUUAUUGGAUCUGUUACCUGACUAUUUUGGCAAGAAAAUUCGUGUAAAUGAUGAAGAAAAUAUUCAAAUCGAAACAAUUUUAAAAAUUAUUCUUGAUUUCACUACCUCCAGACAUAUUUUGGUUAAAGAAAGCAUUACAUCCCUAGGAACAAAAUUGAAUACCGUGGCCAAAGUCUCGAAGUCCAAGGAAUAUUGUUUUCUGCUGAUUUCGACCAUUUAUUCGCUUCUUAACAAUAAUCAAAAUGAUAAUGUUGUGAAGGAGGAAGAUGCUCUCGCGCUCAAACAAACCAUCGAACCAAAGUUAUUCGAAAUAAUUACUAAAGAACCUACCAUUAGGGAUGACAAUUACAAUUUGACUCUAUUAUCGAAUGUCCUUUUCUUCAUUAAUUUGAAAAUGCCGCAGGCGAUACACCAAAAAGAGUUAGAUAGGUACGACAAACUUUUCAUUUUCGAGGGGGAUAUAAGGAUUUUAAAUGCACCAAAUAUUUUAAUUGUCCCAUAUGUUAAAAUAUUAUCUGCUAUAAACAAGACUUGCGAACUCCCCCAAAAGUCAGUCGUACUUGUUGAUACGAUACAAUUGCUGAGAAUGUAUGGCUCAAAAGUGACGGAAACUGAAAAAUUAGGGUAUCUGGAAUUGCUGUUAGUUUUAUCCAAUAAAUUCGUCUCCGAAGACGAUGUAAUAAAAUCAUUUGAUUGGAAAGAUCUAUCACUAGCCAAUAUAGAAACAAUGGUUUGGUUGGCCAAGGGGCUGGUAAUGCAAAACUCUCUAAAAUCAUCUGAAAUUGUAAAAAAGUUCAUUGAUUUAUUAUCCAAUCAAGAAAUUGGUUCAUUUGUGGCGAAGCUAUUUGAAGUCUUUGUCGUUGAUAUCAGUUCUUUAAAAAAAUUUAAGGGUAUGAACUGGAAUAAUAAUGUUAAAAUCUUGUAUAAACAAAAAUUUUUCGGCGAUAUUUUUCAAACACUAGUAAAUAACUACAGAACUACCGUGGAUAUGGCAGUUAAAUGCAAUUAUUUGACAGCAUUAUCUCUAGUGUUGAAGCACACUCCAAGCAAGUUGGUAGGACCUUUCAUUAACGACCUUUUCCCCCUAUUGUUGCAAGCUUUGGAUAUGCCUGAUUCUGAGGUGAGAGUAUCCGCUCUAGAAACCCUGAAAGAUUCCACGGACAAGCAUAACAACUUAAUUACAGAGCACAUAAGCACAAUAAUUCCAUUAUUGUUGUCUCUUGUUCUACCGCAAAAAUAUAACAACGUCAGCGUCAGGUUGAUGGCCUUACAACUUUUGGAAAUGACUACCACUGUGGUACCUUUAAAUUACUGUUUGAGUUACCAGGAUGAUGUCUUAAGCGGGUUGAUACCAGUUUUAUCUGAUAAGAAAAGAAUGGUGAGAAAGCAAUGCAUUGAUACGAGACAAGUCUAUUUUGAGUUAGGUCAAAUUCCGUUUGAAUAA